CUCAUCUGCCCCCACUCCCACUCUCCAGGCGCAGUCGUGUGAAAACGCCGCCUCGCCUCACGUGACGUUUUAUCAGCAGUGGGGGCUUCAGUUCCUCCACAGCUCGCUGCGAAAUGGUAGAAAUUACGUCUUCUCAUGAUGAAGAUUCUCUGCACGGGGAGAGUCUGCCUCCUCCGCCGGAUAUUCACGAGGAUAAUGAUGUGAUUGAGGAGCAUGUUGGAGGAGUAGGAGGCGAGUGUGACGAUCUCGAGCUGACUGGAUGUGGAGCCUCAGCAUGUUGCAAUCCCAGGAAAGGAGUUUACAGGUUCAGUGCCCUGUUCUUCAUGUGCUUUUUGGGCUUUGGUUCCUAUUUCUGCUAUGACACACCUGGCUCCCUGCAGGACCAGAUUAAGGAUGACAUGGGAGUCAACACAGUCAAAUUUGCCAGCCUCUACUCCCUGUACUCCUGGCCCAAUGUGGUCCUCUGCUUCAUUGGGGGGUUCUUGAUAGACAGAGUGUUUGGUAUCCGUUUGGGCACCAUCAUUUUUUCUUCAUUGGUCACAGUGGGUCAGUUCAUUUAUGCAACAGGUGCAGUUACAAAUCAGUUCUGGUUGAUGCAAACUGGACGUUUUGUCUUUGGAGUCGGUGGUGAAUCCCUUGCUGUUGCCCAGAACACCUACACUGUAAGCUGGUUCAAAGGCAAAGAACUAAACACUGUGUUUGGACUGCAGCUGAGCAUGGCUCGUGUUGGCUCUACAGUUAACUUCCUUAGCAUGGGCCCUAUCUAUGCCUGGGUUGAUACCUUUUCCGAUGGGUACAAGACGCUUGGAAUUUCACUCUUAAUUGCUGGUGCAACUUGUAUCUACUCUCUGAUUUGUGCGGGAGUCCUAGGCCUGCUUGACAAGAGACGCUCCAAGGUGCUGCGACUCAAUUCUGCCGAGUCCGGAGAAAAGGUGCAGCUCAGGGAUAUUUUCACUUUCCCACUCUCCUUCUGGCUCCUGUGCGUGAUCUGUGUCUCAUACUAUGUAGCCAUCUUCCCUUUCAUUGGGUUGGCCAAAGUCUUCUUCAUGCGCAAGUUCGAUUUCGAUGAGACAAGUGCCAACGGAGUCAGCAGCAUUGUCUAUGUCAUUUCGGCCUUCGCAUCUCCUAUCCUGGGAUAUGUUGUGGACCGAUUGGGGCGCAACAUCCUUUGGGUUUUUAUUGCGGUGCUGGUGUCACUCGGCUGUCACGCCCUCCUCACUUUCACCUUCCUUAAUCCCUUUAUUGCUAUGAGUGUGCUGGGCUUAUCCUACUCUCUCCUGGCUAGUGCACUUUGGCCGAUGGUGUCUCUCAUAAUCCCAGAACAUCAACUUGGGAGUGCAUAUGGCAUGAUGCAGAGUAUACAGAACCUUGGCCUUGCCUUGAUCAGCAUGUUAGCCGGACUGAUUGUUGACAUGAAAGGCUACCUUGUCCUUGAGAUGUUCUACAUGAUAUGGCUUUGUGUUGCCUUGAUAUCCACUGUGGUAAUGUGGUUGACGGAUUCAGCUUCAAGAGGUGUGCUUAACCUAAACAUUGCUGAGCGGCGGAAUAGAGAAGCUGACAGGGAACGUUUACUUGGCUCAUAGGUAGUGUACUGUAAUUGUAAUAAGGAGGCAGUACAUAUCAGAGACAAGAAGAAGGUCGUAUCAGAUUUCCUUUCAGUGCUCAGACAGGAGCAGUGGAUGCGAAAUGAUCUUUCCUCAUACCAAAGACAGGGGUCCAAGAGAUUUUCUGCCUGAUCUCCUAUGGGAGUGUGAUCAGAUUUAUGAAUGAAAUUAUGUAAUGUAGAUAAGGGUCCUAGGAUUUUGCAUUUGAAAUUGUUAGUAAGAGUUUUUACUUUUUAUCAUAAUAAGGGGAACAGACUGUGUAUUUUAUUUUUGUAAUAAGUGCAUGAUUUUUUUUUUUUUUUAGGUUUGCAUAAUAAGGUUAGUGACUGCAGGAUCAGCAUUUAUUCCUGAUCUUCAAUUGCAUGGAUAAAGUUUUACAUAGAGCUGAAAAAGGAUAUAGUUAGUGCCACCUUAUAUUAGCUAAUGUAUUUUAUGUUAACUGGUAAAAGCAUAAUCAUUUAACAAGUAUGUCAUGUGUGCAAAGAAUCACCUUUUUUAAUUCAGAGAAAGUUAACAUCUUAUAAUUUUAAUAAAUAAAUUAAAUUGCAUAUACUCAGAAAAUAUUUUUCCAUUAGUCAAAAAGUAAGGGAAAAAAGUGCAAAGGUAACAGCAAUGACUAAAAAACUUGCAUGGUAAAAAAUAGUGCUUUAAUAAGGUGAAUUGACUAUAUCAGAACAGCCAUAUCAGUACUGGAUGUACUACUUUACUUAUAUGAUAUAAAAUGCCAAUAAAAGAGAAAUAUGUAAUCAGCAAACUGCUUGUAAAAAUAUUGACUGGAAGUUUGAUGGGAGAACUUAGUGUUACAUAGAUUUUUUUCUCUUAUUUUCAUCUUUCGGCGAUCCCUUUUUCUGUCUUUCAGGCAAGUUGCUUUUACCUUUUUUUAAUAUAAACCAAGAUAAGGGGCAUAAAUUAAUGCUCAUUUAUGAUCUAGUUUUUGUUAUCAAGUUGGUGUUUAAAGUGCAUUGUCAUUAUAAAUAAUUUUAAGUACAUAUUAACCCCUUCACACUGCUAAUGCAAUGCUAUGUUUGUCUUGGUGAGGGCAGACUAUGCUUUAUGGUUAUAAAAAAGCAUGUGUGGAUAUUCAAGGACAAUCUCACAUCCCUUACUUCUUUACUAGACAUUUUUACUCAGUGCAUGAGGAACAAAAUAGUGUCUGAUGACUCCACUGAGUAAAAAUAUAAAACCAAAUCACAACCAUGAACAUCUGCCGGUUGGUAACCUCAACUCCAGUCAAUAUUCUCCUUCAUCCUUUACCAUUACCAACAAGUAUUCUUAGGAUAUAAACUUCUUGAAGAUAUGCCUGUCAGUCAGGGUUACAUUGUACUGUCUAGCCAGACAUGGAGGGGUAAAACAAACCCCAUUCAAUAUAUAAUGUUGUAAGAUAUCCUAACAAUUUGUUACAAAUGAUAAAAAAUGUGAUAUAUGUGUAUAUACACAUUUCAUUGUAGUGUAUCUUCAAGUGCCUUAUUACGUCUUUCAUGUAGAAAAGGAAUGUAAAAAAUCAAUGAACAAUGUUGGCUUUUAGAAAAUUUUAUAGUAAACUGGUAUUUUUUGGUUCUUACAUUUUUUGGACAAUGCUAGUUGCAUUUUUAAAUCUAUUAAAAGGAAAAAAAUCCAAAUAAGGCCUCAUUGACCUCAGUUUUCCAUAAUGUGUCUCUUAUAGGUGCCGGAUAAGGUAUCCCAAUGCUGGUUAAUUGAUAUAUUCAAAUUUACUUGUUACAUGACUUCUAGGCCAAAGAAUGGUUAAAAUAAUAUAUUUCUUUCUAUUGUGUGCACUGUAGCAGAGAAAGAGUUAUCCUUUUCAAUUUAAGUGUUUAUGAAUUCUGAUACAGACUGGGCACUUUAGUAAUGCAUUACUCUUAGAAUAAUUUGUAAUGUAUAGGAAUUGUUAUUUAUCAGAUAAAUAUAUAUAUUCUAUCCUAUAUCCUUUUUAUAGAUGAAAAUUUGAUUGUAAAUGACAGUGUAUACUCUCUACAUGUUUUUGCAAAUAAAAAUAAGAUUACAGUACAUACAAACUACA